AAUCCGAGAAGCACCCGCGCUGCCCUUCACCUGAGCCAGGUGUUUGUUUUGUAAAGGGAGCCAGCCCCGAAGAAACACUCAGGUUCUGUUUUUCAACCCAUGGGUCAGAAUCGACAAGAAUAAAAUCCUCCAGGGACGAAAGGGUGACAAAACCUGCCAAGCGAUUCUGGUUCAUGUGAUUUCAGCAGGAGCCACAGAAAGAGAAGCAACUGAAGGAAAAGAAAAGCCAGGCAGGGUGCAGACACGCCAGGACCUCCGACCCAUGCGAGGAGCAUCUCUCGGAAGCUGAGAGGAGAAUAUUUCAAACCAUGGUAAUAAGAAGGCAACUGGAGCUCGAAGCAUGAGCCAGCUGCGAGCCACAAAGCCUGGUCUUCUCGUAUGCACAGCCGUUUGCAUCUUCAUUUUUAUUUAUUUAAGGAAUCUGACUCCCGAGGAAGCAGAGGAGGAACCCACCCACCCAGCAGUGGUGGAAUGUGGCUUCUAUCCAGAUGAACUGUGCUCGGCUUUGUUUGAAGGGAAAGAGGCGGCUCCCCAGAUUGCAAAGUUCUGUAGAAACCCUCAUGGAUCUGAAAUACUCGCUCAUUUACACAGACCAGGAAAUUGCUCCAGGAUUUCCCACAAGUUGCAUUUCAUAACCAGACCCCUGUCUGCAGACGAGGGCAGCUUCUCUUUGGCAUAUAUCAUAACUAUUCAUAAGGAGCUGGCUAUGUUUGUGCAGCUACUCAGGGCUGUUUAUGUGCCUCAGAAUGUUUACUGUAUUCAUGUGGAUGAAAAGGCCCCAAAGAAGUAUAAGACUGCGGUGCAAUCCCUGGUUAAUUGUUUUGAGAACAUUUUUAUUUCAUCAAAGAGAGAGAAAAUGGCUCACACUGGCUUUAGAAGACUACAGGCAGAUAUUAACUGUAUGAGAGAUCUAGUUCAUUCCAAGUUUCAAUGGAACUAUGUCAUUAAUCUCUGCGGACAGGACUUUCCAAUCAGAACCAACAAAGAAAUCAUACACUACAUCAGAAGCAAGUGGAAAGAUAAAAAUAUCACUCCCGGAGUAAUCCAGCCACCAAGCAUUAACUCUAAGACAAGUCAGAACCAUCUUGAAUUCAGCCCUGAAGGAGACAUCUACGUGUCUCCAAAUGCAGGAUUCAAGGUUGAGCCACCCCAUAACUUAACCAUUUAUUUUGGAAGCGCUUACUAUGUACUAACGAGGAAGUUUGUGGAGUUUGUGCUGACUGACAUCCGCGCAAAAGACAUGCUCCAGUGGUCCCAAGACAUCCACGGCCCAGAGAGACACUACUGGGUGACUCUGAACCGACUGAAAGAUGCUCCAGGCUCCACCCCAAACACUGGCUGGGAAGGAAACAUUCGAGCUGUUAAAUGGAGAAACAAGGAGGGAACAGUUCAUGAAGGCUGUAAAGGCCACUACGUCCAGGACACCUGUGUGUAUGGACCAGGAGACUUGCCAUGGAUCAUUCAAUCCCCUUCUCUGUUUGCCAACCAAUUUGACUCGACCGAGCCUCUUGUGGUCUCGUGCCUGGAGCGGUGGCACAGACGCAGAGUUCUAGGGCAGGCAGAGGUCCCUGUGGAGGCACACUGGCAUUUCCAACGGAAGAGCCAUCUCAAUACGGAAAUGAACCGCUGA